UCUUGUUCUUCAUCUUUCUGUUCAAAAAUUGAAAAAAAAAAUAUGUCUAUAACUACUUGGAUGCUAAUUUGCAUUCUUCUCUCUUUUCUGACGUCCGCCGACUCAAAGGUCUCCGGUGUUUACACCGGUAGCCCAUGGCAGGACGCCCACGCCACCUUUUAUGGUGGCUCUGAUGCCUCUGGCACUAUGGGAGGUGCAUGUGGAUAUGGAAAUUUGUACAGCACAGGAUACGGAGUGAACAAUGCAGCAUUAAGCACAGUUCUUUUUAAUAGUGGGCUAAGCUGUGGUGCUUGCUUUGAGAUAAAAUGCACUGAUCAGAAAUGGUGCAACCCGGGAAACCCAUCCAUUCUCGUAACGGGUACAAAUUUUUGUCCACCAAAUUACGCUUUGCCAAAUGAUAAUGGAGGUUGGUGCAACCCGCCCCGGCCCCAUUUCGACCUUUCCAUGCCUGUGUUCCUCCAAAUCGCUCAGUACCGUGCUGGCAUCGUACCAGUUACCUAUCGCCGGGUUCCAUGCAAGAAACAAGAAGGAAUCAGAUUCACAAUCAACGGUUUCAAUUAUUUCAAUAUGAUCAUAGUGACUAACGUGGCAGGUGCUGGUGACAUCCAGCAAGUUCAAAUCAAAGGUACUAACACUAAAUGGAUAAUUAUGAGUCGAAACUGGGGGCAAAAUUGGCAAUCCAAUGCUUUGCUAGUUGGUCAAGCACUUUCCUUUAAAGUCAAAACAAGUGACCAUCGUUAUGUUACCUCAUACAACGUGGCACCUUCUAAUUGGCAGUUCGGUAAGACUUAUCAAGGCAAAAAUUACCGAGUUUAAAUCAAUUAAAUAAAACUACCCACAAAUUGAAGAGAAAUAAAUUACCACUUUUUUUCAUACCAUAUACUUAUUUAGUAUACCAUUUCCGCUACCUUCAAUAUUUCUCUUUUUUAAAUGGGAAGAAUUAUAGGUAUAUGUGGAAUUAGAUUAUUUUCGUUUUAUAAUUUUGUAACGCCCCUUGAUCUUUUUCUUAUGUGAGAGAAUCAGAAUUGCCC